AUGAAAACCAUCGUGUCAUCGCAGAAGGUCAUCAUUCCCGAAGGAGUCCAAGUGGCGAUAAACUCCAGGAAGGUGACUGUGACGGGAAAGUACGGCACACUGAAGAGGUCCUUCCGACAUCUCCCAAUCGAUGUGCGCCUGAAUAAGCUAAAGAAGUACAUCAAGGUGGUGAUGUGGUUCGGAGUCCCUGACCGAUUGGCAUGCAUUCGAACAGUAUGCACACAUUUAAAAAAUAUGUUUACAGGAGUGACCAAAAAAUUCCUCUACAAAAUGAGACUUGUACAUGCUCACUUUCCAAUUAACUCCAACAUCGUGGAUAAUAACAAGUCUAUUGAAAUAAGAAAUUAUUUGGGAGAAAAACGGGUUCGAUUUGUGAAGGCUUUACCUGGGGUGCUUAUUGAGAAAUCACCAAAUGUCAAGGAUGAAAUUUAUGUCAGUGGUGCUGAUAUUGAGAACGUUUCCCUUACGGCAGCUUUAAUUCAUCAGUCCGUUUUGUGUAGAAAUAAAGAUAUUCGAAAAUUUUUGGACGGAAUUUACGUUUCGGAAGUGACUACUGUUGAGAAGGACGAGUAA